AUCUUCUCGGAGACCCGGAGGUCCUGGACCCCUCAGUUCAACACGAACAGGACCAGACGGAGAGGGGAAGGCGAUGGGGACGGCGAAGGCGGGGAAGAGAGGUGGGGGUGGCGACAAGGGGCUCCUCUGGAGGCUGCCUGAGGUCACCUCCAGGGAGCUCGGCAAGAUAGGCCCCGCCUUUGGCCUCGGAUUCGGCUGCGGCGUGGGCGCCGGAGUCGGCUUCUUCGGCGGUUCAGGAUUAGGUUAUGGAUUUCCUGGACUCACUUUAGGCUUUGGAGUUGGAGCUGGAUGUGGUAUAGGAUUUGGUUUUGGUUACGGCUUGGGCAAAGGGAUUGCCUAUGACGAAAAGAAAAGGCACUCAAAUGUUGGCAGAAUGUUCCAAGAAGCUCCAAAUCUGCCUACGGAGAAUGUUGCUGCUUUGUUUGACGAGCUGGUUGUAAACACCAAAAGGCUUGCGAGCGCAACUUCAAAACAUAUUGAAAAAUGGCGUUGAGCUCCACUGCCAAAUGACUGCUGCUGUGAGCUGUGAAGAGUUGAGCAUCGGCUGCACCACCAUAUGGCUGCCGCUGUUAGCUGUCAAGAUCUGGUAUUGGUCAAGGAUUACAAACAGUAUGCCAUUGAUGUGGAUUAGCAGCUGACCUUUAGCCACAUCUAUUGUAUCACACUGUAAUUUCUUAUUUUGAAUGUUGAUCAGUCCGUCACUAGAUAGACUUGUACUCCCUCCGUUCCUAAAUACUUGUCGCUGUUUUAGUACAAACUUGCUUUUGCACUAAAACAGCGACAAGUAUUUAGGAACGGAGGGAGUAUUUAAGUAGGAUCCUGAAAUUCUAUUAGUGUUAAUGCUUAAAAUUCUUCAAGUGUUAACAUUCUGGUAGUUAGAAAAAAAAUGUCAGACCGAUGAACACUAUUGUGCUAGGUGUACAUGUUGGCUUAUGUCCCGUUAUUUGUGUUGCUCGUCUCAGAUGUUAAAUUCCAGCAUAAUUUGAUGUUAUGAAGUUCUGAUGAAA